AUGGAGAAACAUCUCAAUAUAGAAAGUGAUGAUGCUGAUGACAACUUUGCCACAUCCUCAACACUAACAACAAAAUCAUCAUCAUCAACUUCAAAUAAGAGGCAUAGAAGUGUAAGUGAUGGUAAUAACAAUAUCAAACAUCCAAGUUAUAGAGGAGUAAGGAAGAGGAAUUGGGGAAAAUAUGUGUGUGAGAUUCGUGAGCCAAAGAAAAAAUCAAGAAUAUGGCUUGGAACAUACCCUACAGCUGAAAUGGCUGCCAGAGCACAUGAUGUAGCUGCUUUAGCUAUAAAGGGUCAUUCAGCUUAUCUCAAUUUCCCUCAAUUAGCAAAAGCACUUCCAAGGCCAAUAAGCACUUCUCCAAAAGAUAUUCAAGAUGCAGCUGCAAAAGCAGCUAAUAACACUUCAUUUGAUGAAGCUCAAGUUGAAGCAAGAAUAGAAGAAGAACAUGCCUCACCAUCGAGUUCAACAUUUACCAACGAUGAUGAUGAUGCAUUGUUUGAUUUGCCAGAUCUUUUUCCUGAGGAUGGAAACAAUGGAUUUUGUUCCUAUUCUUUGAGAAAUUCUACUUCGUAUCUGUGUGCUGUUGAAUCGUCUGUACACAGAUACAAUGUAGAAUUUUCUGAAGAUUCGUCUUUUUGGGAGAAAUACUUGUAG